GCCGAGCGGAGCCGAACGGGGCCGAGCCGCGUCCCGCCGCCGCCGUGAGGGGAGCGCCGAGGGGCAGCGACGCCCCCGCGGCGGGGCGAGGAGGAGGAAACUUGGUGCGGGGGCAGCCGGAGCCGCCCCGGGCCCGGCCCCUGCCCCUGCCCCGCCGCCGAUGUGCCCCCGCAGCCGCCGCCGCCGGGCGGGGAAGGACGGAGCCGGGCGCGAUCGUUCGCAGCAGCAGCAGCGGGGAGCCGGCGGGUGGCUGCGCCUCGGCGGGCUGUAGCGGCUGGAGGACCCGGGGACUGACUGUCGCUCCUCAACCCUGCGUCUGCUCUGCUGGAUCUGUGGCUUUUUCGGUGGUGUGUGCUUGGGUUUUGUUUUUUUUUCUAUUUUUCUAUUUUUUUUUUUUUUUAAUAUAAUUUUCUUCCUCGGGGGGACGGAGCUGCCUGCCAGCCCUGCUCGCUGCAGUCGUGGCGGCGGCGCGGAGGCUGGGCAGUCCCCCUUGGAGCCAAGGAGAAAAAAAGAGGAAAAAGAGAGGAGGAAAAAAAAAAAAGAGAGGCCGCCCCGCACCUAGAAGCGAACCGCGUCUCCUGCUAGCGGGACCUGCGCUUGGGAUCUGUUAGUUCUCUUGCUCAUGCCACUGCCCCAUGGUUGCCUCAGUGGCAGGAUCAUGAAGUGUUUGACUUUUUUUCUUCUGCUUCCAGAGACCUUAAAGAAGUCCAAAAAGAGCGUGAGGCCAAACGGCAAGGUGCCAGGAUGCUAUGAGAUAGUGCCCCUGGCCCUGAAGAAGAAGAUGGCUGCAGAACUUUACCCUGCCAGCGCCAACACCAACAUCGCCAACAGCAACGCCGCCGCCACCGCUGCCAACAGCAAGAAGAACGCGCUGCAGCUCCAGCAGAGCGCCCAGCCGCCCCCGCCGCCCCAGCUCCAGAACCUCAACAACAACAACUUGGAGAGCGCCAACUGGCAGUCCUUCCACCCCACGCUGCGCGAGAGGAACGCGCUGAUGUUCAAUAACGAACUCAUGGCUGACGUCCACUUCAUCGUGGGCCCGCCAGGGGCAUCCAAGAAAGUUCCUGCCCAUAAGUACGUUUUGGCAGUCGGUAGCUCUGUCUUCUACGCUAUGUUUUAUGGUGAUCUCGCAGAGGUCAAAUCUGAAAUCCAUAUACCAGAUGUGGAACCUGCAGCCUUUCUAAUCCUAUUAAAAUACAUGUAUAGUGAUGAAAUAGACCUGGAAGCUGACACAGUUCUGGCUACGCUGUAUGCUGCCAAGAAGUACAUCGUGCCAGCCCUAGCAAAGGCUUGCGUCAAUUUUCUGGAGACUAGUUUAGAGGCGAAGAACGCUUGCGUUCUGCUGUCUCAGAGCAGGCUCUUUGAGGAGCCAGAGCUGACACAGCGCUGCUGGGAGGUGAUUGAUGCUCAAGCAGAAAUGGCACUGAAGUCAGAAGGCUUCUGUGAGAUAGAUCAACAGACGCUAGAGAUCAUUGUAACCCGGGAGGCGCUAAACACCAAGGAAGUGGUAGUUUUCGAGGCCGUUCUCAACUGGGCAGAAGCUGAAUGCAAAAGGCAAGGGCUGCCGGUUACGCCACGCAACAAGAGGAAUGUAUUAGGAAAAGCGCUGUACUUGGUGCGGAUUCCCACUAUGACUCUGGAAGAGUUUGCCAACGGAGCUGCCCAGUCCGACAUCCUCACCCUUGAGGAAACACACAACAUAUUCCUAUGGUACACGGCUGCAAACAAACCCAAACUUGAGUUUCCCCUGACGAAAAGGAAAGGACUCGUACCUCAGCGAUGCCAUCGAUUUCAGUCGUCCGCGUACCGCAGUAACCAGUGGAGGUACAGAGGGCGGUGUGACAGUAUUCAGUUUGCCGUAGACAAACGGAUAUUUAUAGCAGGACUGGGAUUGUAUGGGUCAAGUUGUGGCAAAGCUGAAUACAGCGUCAAAAUCGAACUGAAGCGCUUAGGAGUUGUCCUUGCUCAAAAUCUGACAAAGUUUACCUCCGACGGGUCCAGUAAUACUUUCUCUGUGUGGUUUGAACACCCUGUGCAGGUUGAGCAGGACACGUUUUACAAUGUAAGUGCUAUUCUCGACGGCAAUGAACUCAGUUACUUUGGGCAAGAGGGAAUGACUGAAGUUCAGUGUGGAAAAGUGACAUUCCAGUUCCAGUGCUCCUCGGACAGUACCAAUGGAACUGGAGUACAAGGAGGACAGAUACCUGAGCUCAUUUUCUAUGCAUGAUGCAUUUCACCUUGAUUGUAUUCCAAUACUGCAACGAUGCACAUUAAGGGAUUUUCCAAUCUUACUACGAAACUGUACAGCAGUAUGGAAUGUUAUGCUACUUACCUAUCUGCUACAUCAGCCUAUACAAAUAAGUGAAGGAAUGCUCUCGAAUUUAAUCUUAUUUUAUUUAUUCAUAAGCUAUUUGACUUAAUUAAGACUGCAACAAGCAGAAAAAUGUUAAAUCUCGCACGUACUGUGCAUUUAUUUUGUAUAUAGAUAACUAACUUGCAGACUGCAGCUGACUUAAACAGAAUGUUCUAAACUAGAGCAGUUUACAAAUCUGUGAAAUAUAAAACAUUUUUACUUGCCCUAAA